AUGUUCUCCACAACCAACCUUCUCACCAUUCUUCUCGCCAUCCCCGCUGUUCUUGCAGCCCCCGCUACUGAAGCGAAAGCGGCUGCAAAGCAGGUCAAAGCCUGUGCCUGUGUCAAUGCCGCAGGUCAGACCGGUGCUGUAGAUGGAUACUGUCAAUACAUUGCCGGUGGCAUCGUCAACCUUGACGGCCAGAAAUAUUGUUUCCCUGGGGCCGUUUGGUCAGAGCACAUGGAUACCACCUAUACAGAUGACUUUUGUUCUACCUACUACCGUGCCUUCCCCAAGGGUAAUUGCAAGACUACCACUGUUUGCCCUACGAUUGGAGACUACCAGCAUAUUUGCUAA